AUGGGCUCCAACAGACUCACCUACCGCCGGCGGAUGCCAUACAACACUCGCAGCAACAAGGUCCGCGUCAUCAAGACUCCCGGCGGUGAGCUGCGAUACUUGCACCUCAAGAAGCGAGGCACUGCUCCCAAGUGCGGUGACUGCGGCACCAAGCUCCCAGGUGUCCCAGCCCUUCGCCCACGCGAGUACUCGACCAUCUCCCGCCCCAAGAAGACCGUCCAGCGUGCCUACGGUGGCUCGCGCUGCGCCAACUGCGUCAAGGACCGCGUCACCCGUGCCUUUUUGAUCGAGGAGCAGAAGAUUGUCAAGAAGGUCAUGAAGGAGGCCGAGAAGAAGCAGAAGCGGUAA